ACCGAAUGGUCAAAUAUAUUUUUCGAUUGUUUUCAUAAUCGUUGGUUUAUUACAUAUCAUUCAUUGAUAUUACAAUCAAUCUAUGAUGAUGAUAAUGGUGAUUUUGGUGAUAAUGGUGAUAGUUCUUCUUCGGCAACAAAUUCUACAUCAGCCAAAAAUGAUGAUGAUGAUGAUGAUGAUUUUAGAUAUUGGUUUCGUGUACGUGGUAUAAUAAGUGCCGAUAUUGAUAUAACUGAUACUGAUAUUAAUCAAUGUGAUCAACAAAAAUUAUCAUUUAUAAAUGAUAAAACAACAACAGCAAAUAAUCUACGUACAACAUUAAAUCUCUAUGGAACACACAAAUGUCAUAAUGAAAAUAGUGAGUGUAUUUUUAUAUCUGGUGGUGGAUUAUUUCGUGGUGGUUAUCAAUGUCGUUGUAAAAUGGGUUUUCAUUCAAUUGUAACAAAUUUUGGACCAACAUUCAAUGGUACAUUAAUGGAACGUUCAUAUCAGGAUAAACAGGAUGGUAAAAGUCCAGCAUAUGAUUAUAUGUUUCAAUGUGAACGUUGUCAACCUGGUUGUGAACAAUGUCAAGAUAAUACACCAUGUUUAUCAUCAUAUAAUUAUGCAUUUCGUAUAUCAUUAUUAACAAUAACAAUAUUAUGUAUAAUAUUUACAUUUAUAUUGGCAUUAAAUAUUUAUCGUUUUCGUCGUUUAAAAGUAAUAAAAGUUGCAUCACCAAUAUUUCUUUGUAUUACAUUGUUAGGUUGUGCUAGCAUGUAUCUUGAGACUGUUAUGAUAUUUCCAGUAAUGAAUACAGCCACAUGUAUAUUAACAAAAUGGACCAGGAAUUUUGGUUUUUGUUUAACAUAUUCAUCAUUAUUAUUAAAAACAUGGCGUGUAUCAUUAACAUAUCGUGUAAAAUCAGCACAUAAAAUUAAAUUAACCGAUAAACAAUUAUUACAAUGGUUAUUUCCAAUAUUAUUAGUAAUGGUUAUUUAUCUUGGUGCAUGGACAAUUUCGGAUACACCGAAACCAAAUUAUAUUGUUGAUUGGAAUAAUUUAAAAUUUAAACAAUGUGAUUAUAGCUGGUGGGAUCAUAGUCUAACUAUUGGUGAAUUUUUAUUCUUGCUUUGGGGUAUAAAAGUUUGUUAUAAUGUUCGUAAUGCACAAUCAUUAUUCGAUGAAGCUAAAUAUAUAACAUGGGCAAUAUAUAAUAUUACUAUUGUCAAUAUGGUUAUGAUUCUUAUUCAUUUAUUUAUACUACCAGAUUCAGGUCCUGAUAUAAAAUAUUUUUUCGGUUUUCUACGUACACAAUUAAGCACGACAACAACAGUAAUAUUAAUAUUUGGUCCAAAAUUUUAUCGUGUUAUUAAAGGUGAAGGUGAUUUAUGGAAUACAAAUUUACAAGCACGUUGUAUGAUGAUGGCUGAAACAUAUGCAUUCAAUGGUAUUAGUUUAGCACAUGAAGAAACAACUGAUCUUUAUCAGGAAAAUGAUGAUCUUAAACGUGAAAUACAAAAACUUGCAGCCCAAUUAGAAUUAAUGAAACUUUGUCAAAUGGAAUUUCGUAAUCGUCAUCUGAAUAAUCAUUCAAAAUUUUUACGUAUUCAACAACAACAGCAAUUACAACCAGAAUAAUAAAAAAAAUCGAAACAUUGAAAAUCAGAAAAUUUAAUCCAAACUUCCGGCAAACUUUACCUGAAACC